AUGCGCUAUAACCAGCAGUUAGCGAAUGAUUCGCGGCCUAAGCUGUUCUUACAACCACAUCCGAUGCCUAAUAAUUGCAAUCAGCUUAUUCAUCCGCAGCUUAGUGUCAAGUAUGAGUCAAGUACACCGAAUUACUCGCUGCCAUCGGCUAUUUCUCGGUCUCAGACCAGUAGCUUUGAGUCGAACGCGAAGCAAUCACGUGAGGAGCUCAAUCGUAAAGAAAAACAGCGCAUGUUUAAACUUAAUGAUCGGAUUAAUCAGCUUAAAACGCUGCUUGAUGAGGCUGGUGUACAGACCAAGAAGAACAAACAGUCUGUACUUGACAACACGUCGCACUACAUAGAGAUGCUACGUAGCGAUUUGGUGAUCGCGCAGCAAAAAGCAGAGCGUGCUGAACGACGUGCUGAGUCUCUUCGUACACAGGAUCAUAAUGGUAAAAGCAUUGCUAGUAGCAUAUUUGACAAAGCCACGACACCGCGACUUGUUGUGGACAUGAAUAUGAAGACAAUUGUCUUUAAUGCUGCUUUCGUUAGGUUUACAGGACUCUCGGAGGUGUCAUUAAAGAAGAAAAAAACGUUGCGGCCAUACAUUUGUGCGGACCAGGACAGAUUUGAGGCCAUCAUGAAAAAACUGUGUGAGACUAAGCAGUCGGUCAGCGCUCUUGUAAGAGUUUCUGGUACAAGCAAAGACGAGAUUUUCGUAAACUUAGUCGCAGCAGUGAUAAUGGAUGAUAAUGAUGAGGCCGUGAAUAUCGAAUUCAGUUUUAUUCCAGUGGAAAUGCCACCACGACAGCAACGGCCGUCAAAGCGUACAAAAUUUAACAAUGCCAAAGGUUCUGCUGCCAAAAGCAACCGAUCGAAGAGUGUGUCUAUCGUUCACAUGCAGGAGUAG